AUGAGGCAAUUAUUUAGUCUAAUAUGUCUUCUGCUUAUCCUGUUUUGUUCUCAGUCAAACUUUUUCAUUAGUUCCUCUGCAACACCAUUAUGCCAUCUUCAUGAAAAUUAUGCUUUGCUCCAAUUCAAGAACUCCUUUUCCAUUAUAGACACUAGCUUUUGUUAUGCUGCGAAAACAAGAUCUUGGAAAAAUGGAACAAAUUGCUGCAAGUGGAAAGGAAUCACGUGCGACGAGUUAACGGGUCACGUGAUAAAACUUGAUGUUAGCUGCAGUGGGCUUCAAGGGAGUUUGCUCUCAAAUAACAGCCUUUUCUCCCUCACCCAUCUCCGGAGUCUAAACCUCUCCUCAAAUGAUCUUGAUGGUUCCACUAUUUCAUCUCAGUUCAGUAAGUUCACUCAUUUGACUCACCUUGAUCUCUCUAGUAGUGGUUUUUCUGGUCAUAUUCCAUUAGAGAUUUCUCAACUAUCCAAAUUGAAUGCACUUAAUUUACAUUCUUUGAGUUUGGAAUUUGAGUCUUCAACCUUGAAAAGAAUUAUUGAGAACCUAACUCAACUUAUAGACCUUGAUCUGCAUGACAAUAUUUACACAUCUUCUCUAUCAUCUAAUUCUUUUGUGAAUUUGUCAUCCUCUGUAAGAUAUCUCAAUCUCGGAGGUAUUGGAUUGCAUGGUAUUUUCCCAGAAAAUAUUUUUCACUUUCCAAAUCUGCAAGAGCUUUACUUGGAUAAAAAUUAUAAUCUUACUGGUUCUUUUCCAAGGUCUAACUGGACCAGUCAACUCAAGAAAUUAGAUCUUUCUUCAACUGAAUUCUCUAUAGAUUUAGCUCAUCUCACACGAAACUCAAAGAAUUUGAAUACUUUGCUCCUCCGUGAAUGCAAAUUCAUAGGAACAUAUCCUAUUUUGCUUGGUAAUUUCACACAGAUUAUUGCCUUAGACCUCUCAGCAAACAAUUUUCAUGGUCCAUUCCCAUGGAACUCUUUGAAUUUCGAAGGAAUUACUUCUCUAGAUCUUUCGAGCAACAACUUUGUAGGGGAGCUUCCUGAAUCUUAUGGCAAGAAUAUUGUUCCAUUGCAAUUGAGAUCUAUAAAGUUGUUUGAUAACAUGUUCAAUGGGACCCUGCCUUCAUGGUUGUAUGUUAUUCCUUCCUUAUACCUUUUAGAUCUUCAUGGGAACCAAUUCUAUGGUUUCAUUAAUGAAUUCAAAACCCGCUCCUUAGUUUUCCUUGAUUUACAUCAUAAUAAAUUAGAAGGCACAAUUCCAAGAUCUAUUUCUGAACAAUUUAAUCUUACAGGGUUAGACCUUUCUUCAAAUAAAUUGUCUGGUGCCAUAGAGUUUAGUCAAUUCUCAAAGCUCAAAGAACUCUGGUCUCUUGAUCUUUCAUCCAACAAUUUUUCAUCAGCUUCUUCUGGCUCCAUUAACUAUACUUUGCCAAGGCUUGAAAACUUGCUUCUGUCUUCCUGCAAUAUAAACCAGUUCCCACACUUCAUAAAAGCCUUGACAAAUAUAGGAUUCUUGGACCUUUCUCAUAACCAACUUGAAGGAAGUGUUCCUAAAUGGGUUGGAGAAGUAGGGACAGGUUCCUUGUACUAUCUAAAUCUUUCUCAUAAUUUUUUGACUGACAUUGAGCUAGCUUCAUGGAAAGGAAUGGUAUAUCUUGAUCUUCGCUCCAACAUGCUUCAAGGGGGUCUUCCAAUGCCAUCAUCAUCCAUAUAUGUAUUUUUCGUCUCAAACAAUCAACUAAGUGGAGAACUGCCUUCUAUGAUUUGCAAGCUAAAAACAAUUGAAGUGCUAGAUUUGUCCAAUAAUAACUUCAUUGGGAUGAUUCCUCCUUGCCUCACUAAUUUAAGUUCCAUUCAGAUCAUAAAUUUGCAGUUGAAUAAGUUUCAUGGCAUGAUCCCUUCAACUUUUAGAGAAUAUUCUGGAUUAAGGACUCUCAACCUUAAUGGUAAUCAAUUGGAAGGUGGUUUGCCAAAAAGCUUAGCCAACUGCAAAAUCUUAGAGAUUUUAGACAUUGGGAACAACAAAAUCAAUGACACCUUCCCCCACUGGCUGGAAACACUUCCAAUCCUAACUGUUCUUGUUCUAAGAUCUAAUAACUUCCAUGGUCCCAUUGGUAAUCCUAAGUUCUUGGGAUGGCUGCCGUUUCGAUAUUUAAGAAUCCUUGAUGUUUCUCACAAUGAGUUCAGUGGUCAUUUGCCCACAAAAUAUUUUGAAAUAAUGUUGGCCAUGAUGGAUUCACACAAAGAUACAUUGGAAUACAUGGGAAAAUAUAUCCAUAGAGCAGGAUAUUAUUAUGACUCCGUGACAGUUGUAUUGAAAGGUUUUUCUGUUGACAUGGUCCGAAUCCAAUCCAUGUUCACAACCAUUGAUUUAUCAUCAAAUACUUUUGAGGGACAUAUUCCAAAGAUGAUAGGAAAUCUCAAGUCGCUCAAGGGGCUCAACUUCUCCCAUAAUAAGCUCAGUGGCUCUAUUCCAGCAUCAAUGGCAAACUUGACUAAUCUCGAGUGGUUAGAUUUAUCAUCAAACGAGCUUGGAGGAGAAAUACCAGUGCAAUUUACAGAUAUGACAUCUCUUCAAGUCCUAAACCUUUCGCGGAAUCAAUUGGUUGGAGCCAUACCACGCGGCAAGCAGUUCAACACGUUCGGAAGUGACUCAUAUGGUGAAAAUCUAAGACUCUGUGGAUUUCCAUUGUCGAAAGGAUGCGGUGAGCACAGCACACAACAGCCACCAUCUGGACCAGAAGGUGAUACAGACUCUGCAAAGCUUUUUGAUUGGAAAUUUGCACUGAUCGGGUAUGGAUGUGGACUUGUUUUUGGGAUUUCUAUGGGAUAUGUUAUGCUUUCACAUCCAAAAAUUGAGUCUAUGAUUGAAGAAUAUGUUGGAGAACGAAGGUGGCGUAAAUCAGGGAAAAGAAGAAAGAAAAAUUCUCACUUAAACGCAGGAAAUGGAAGAAGGAACCAUUAA